GCAAGCGAGACGAUCAAAGCCAUCGGAAAAACAAAGAAACUGCAUAUCAGGUAAUCAGUGAGAUCAAAUGGCGUCGGAUCUUGAGACGAUGAGAAGGCUUCUGGCGAUGAUGCAGGGAAACGAAGCUCAGGCCCAAGCCAGCAGAGCAUCCGGCGGCUACAAUUGUGGAACUCAAGGCUCAUUCAAUAACAGCGGAGGAGGCUCUCAGAAUUUCAGAGACGUCAACUACAACAGCGGCUCUUAUUCCGGCAACCGUUACAAUUCUCCUUACUACCACAACAACGGCGGCAACUUUGUUCACAACAGCGGCACUACGUACGGCGACGGCAACGGAAGCAUUGUGAACAAUGGACGCUAAUGAACUCAUGAUGGUGAUCUAUCUAUCUAUCUAUAUUAAGGGAACAAUCAAUAAGAACUGUAUGAUCAUAGCAAGGAUAAUGCUAGCUGCUGGCUAGUAUUAGCCCUUUAAUUACUAUGGUUUGAUCCUUAAUUAUUAUAUAUAGUUUGUGCGCGGUAUGUAAUCAGGAGGCUAUUCAUCAUGAUGAUCCUCCUCUAAAUAAAAAUAUCGUUUCAGUUAAGGUUUCAA